GAAUCAUCGGGUGGCUCACCCGACCAUUCAUCCAUCGAUUCGCUUGUGGCUGAAAAAGCCAGGAUUUUUCCCCAUGACGUUGCUUGCUCGCCCGACCCUCAUGAAAAGAGGUACAACCUUCACAACUUAACUCCUCCGACUUCCCUACCACAACAACCACCUUUUCCCCUCCUACAUCCUUAGAAAUCUUGUUUGCGAGACACAGUUGAGGGAAUACAACAUGUCGAAAAGAACACAUGCCGCUGCCUCGAAUGGCGCGACGAAGGAUGCAGUCGGUGAACCGAGUAUGUCUUGCACCAUUCAUUCAAAACUUGGAAAAUCCAUGGACGAUGCUAACGGGUGGUAGAUGUGGAGAAGCAGAAGCAGUUGCUUGCGGAAGACACGAGACAUUUCUCUAUGAUUCGAAUGUUGCAUCUCGCCGAUCUGAUUACAGAGCUGAACGGUAUGUAGUCCUUUAGCACCUCAUCGUUUUGGAUAGCAGCAGACAGCAAUGCUAAUUUCUAUCUAGGAUUCUGCGGAGUCAUGUCGGUAUUCUCUUCCAUGCGAUAUUGUCUCGGGGAUGCAGAUGCACAUGGGAAUCUAUGGGCUGCUCUGGCGUUCAUGCCGUUUGGAUUGUUCUUCGAUUUCAUGGAUGGGAAGGUUGCGAGAUGGAGGAAGAAGUCUAGCCUUAUGGGCCAAGAACUUGAUUCUCUUGCUGAUCUUGUUUGUUCCCCCUUUCAAACUACCAAAUCAAAUUCUAACAUGAAUUUCUACAGAUUUCCUUUGGUGUCUCCCCAGCAGCCGCAGCAUUCGCCAUUGGUCUCCGCACACCAGUCGAUCACCUCCUCCUUACCUUCUUCGUUCUCUGCGGCCUUACCCGUCUCGCACGCUUCAACAUCACAGUCGCCAACGUACCAAAAGACGAGACCGGAAAAUCCAAGUAUUUCGAGGGCACGCCUAUUCCUACAUCCUUGUCGAUUGCUGCGUUGAUGGCUUAUUGGGUUAAUCAGGGUUGGACUUUGGAGAACUUGCCAAUGGGGACUUGGGCUACGGGGACCAUGUUUGAAUUCCAUCCCGUUGCGUUCUUGUUCGUGGCUAGUGGAGUCAUGAUGACUAGCAAGAGCAUACAUAUCCCAAAACCUUAGUUUGGGUU